AUGUCCCAGGCCAACAUUGUCAUCCCCACCGGGUCUCUCAUUCUCGUGACCGGUGCAAAUGGCUUCAUAGCCUCCCAUAUCGUUGAUCAAUUUCUCAAAAGGGGUUACAGAGUACGCGGAACCGUUCGAUCCGAGAAACCAUGGCUAGAUGAUUAUUUUGCCACUAGAUAUGGUGCUGCUCAUUUUGAAUCAGCUCUGCUACCGGAGCUGAGGGACGAGGAGAUGCUGAAUAAAUUAUUGAACGGUGUUGCAGGUGUCGUGCACGUGGCAUCAGAUGUCUCCCUGAAGCCUGACCCAGAAAUCAUAUCGAAAUCCGUCGCCACAAACUUGACUGUUCUUGAAGCCGCAGCGAAGCACGAUACCGUGACUCAAUUCGUUCUGACUUCUUCGGCCUCUGCCGCUUCGCUCCCACAGCCUGGCCAGCCUGGUAUUAAUAUCGACUCCACUACAUGGAACGACGGUGCUGUAAGAAGUGCUUGGGAUUCCAGUGUUCCUGUAGCCCACAAACCAUACCUUGUUUACGCUGCAUCCAAGACAGAAUCAGAGCGAGAGGCCUGGAACUGGGUAAAGCAGAACAAGCCUAGCUUUGAUUUCAACACAGUCCUUCCCGGCACCGUCUUUGGCAGAAUACUACAUCCUGAGAUAGGUGGCUCUACCAUGGCUCUCGUCCGUAACCUCUUGUCUGGGAACCGGGCUGGUAUCGACUAUGUCUCUCCCCAAUGGUUCGUCGACGUCGAAGACACAGCCUGCCUACACGUUGCUGCUCUUCUUGAUGGAAGGGUGAAAUCAGAACGUCUUUUUGCUUUUGCAACUCCAUAUAACUGGACUGAUAUCGUGGACAUUCUGCGCAAGGCCUUCCCCUUGAAUAGCAGUAUCCCCCAACUCCCGGAGAAUGAACCGCGGGAUCUGGGUCUGGUAGGUCCUUCUGUCAGGGCAGAGAGUCUAAUUAAGGAGUUCUUGGGCCGUGAUGGAUGGGCGAGCUUGGAAGAAAGUAUUCUUGGCGGAACUGGGGACCUUGACGGAUUUAGGAGGUAG